AUGUCGCCAAGGAUUACCGGUUGCCUGGUCGGUCUGUCGCCAAGGAUUACCGGUUGCCUGGUCGGUCUGUCGCCAAGGAUUACCGGUUGCCUGGUCGGUCUGUCGCCAAGGAUUACCGGUUGCCUGGUCGGUCUGUCGCCAAGGAUUACCGGUUGCCUAGUCGAUUUCGUUGUCAUGUUCAACCAAUACACGUUCAUGAUCGCCGUGGCGUGGUUGAUAUGGUGUUCGAUCCCCGCCGUGGGAGCGUUCCUUAAUGCACCAUCCCCAGAAGACAUCAAGUACUGGUUCGAACCAUGCCGAAGACUCCUUGUAUAUCAAACUGCGUCGAUGCUCCAGAGGAGCCCUGCAGUUAAUCGAAUGAAGAAGAAGACCAUGUCAGUUUCAAAAUGGAGCUCGGAGGCCGAGAAGUUAGUUCUUGAAAAGUUCUCCUCCUUAGAAAAGAGGACAUCAGGCACCCGCCACAAAUGGAAAGUAGUAGCAGAAGAAAUAAAUAAAUUCGGGUAUGACUUUACUGGCGAACAGUGUAGACUUAAAAUUAAAAGCUUGAAAGAAAAAUAUGAACGUGGUAAAAAAAAGUCUAAAAAAUCUGGAGAAUCUCCCCCAGACACAGAUUCAGGUGAAGAUUUGCUGGAUGUGUUCGAGACUUGUCCAGACAUGAAACCUUCAUGCGUUAUUGAAAGCAGUGAGUCUGACAAUUCCAAACCAUUAUCCAAUCCGCCAGCAGACAUUAGUGACAGAUCUGAGCCUAAAGGAACAACUAAACGGAAGAGCUCAUCCUCCCCUCCAUCCGCCAGCAGCGAUGAUGAUACUGUCAACCAGAGCAAACGCCCUAAACGGUCUGUUGACGUUAUGAAGGCCUUCCUGGGCGAUGUGCUUCAAAAACGAGAAGAAGCAGUGGAGAGGAGGCACAAAGAAAAUAUUGAAGCUGUGAACUCACUAAUUGGCGUUUUAAAAGACACCCUAAAAAAAUAAUAAUUUGUAGUGGCGUAAUCACUUCUUGUUUUCAGUUUAUUCAGCCUAAUGACAUAGGACUUUAAAUGUUCUCAUGUUAUGUUUAACAUAUUGUUCAACAGUUAAUGUUAUCACAUACCUAAUUGAAGAAAGAUAUUUGACUUGUGAUAUGACAUGUGAUGUGACGUAUUAGCCAUGUGAAAUGACAUCUUAGAUAUGUGUUAUGACAUUUUAGCCAUGUGUUAUGACAUCUUAGUCAUACCAUAAUACAUGUCUAAUAUGUAAUAUCACAUGUCUAAGAUGUCAUAUCACAUGACUUAGUUAUCAUAUCAUAUGACUAAGAUUUCAUAACACAUGACUAAGUUAUCAUAUGAUAUCAUAUGACUAAGAUGUCCGUCACAUGUCUAAGUUGUCAUAUCAUAUGACUACGAUGUCAAAUCUUAUGUAUAACAUGUCAUAACGCAUGACCUAGUUGUCAUAUCACAUUUCUAAGUUAACAUAUAAUAUGACUUAAGAUGUCAUAUCACAUGACUAAGUUAUUAUAUCAUAUGACUAAGAUUUCAUAACACAUGACUAAGUUAUCAUAUGAUAUCAUAUGACUAAGAUGUCAGGUCACAUGUCUAAGUUGUCAUAUCAUAUGACUACGAUGUCAAAUCUUAUGUCUAAGAUGUCAUAACACAUGACUUAGUUGUCAUAUCACAUUUCUAGGUAAACAUAUCAUAUGACUAAAGAUGUCAUAUCACAUGUGUAAGUUGUCAUCACACAUGACUAAGUUGUCAUAUCACAUGUCAAAAUUAUCAUAUGGCUAAGAUGUCAUAUCACAUGUCUAGGAUGUCAUAACACAUGACUUAGUUGUCAUAUCACAUGUCUAAGUUAACAUAUCAUAUGUCUAAGAUGUCAUAUCACACGUGUAAGUUGUUAUAACACAUGACUAAGUUGCCAUAUCACAUAUGUAAGUUAUCAUAUGACUAAGAUGUCAUAUCACAUGUCACGUCAUAACACGUGACUAAGUUGUCAUAUCACAUGUAAUGGUUAUCAUAUCAUAUGACUAAGAUGUCAUUUCACAUGACUAAGAUGUCAUAUCACGUCUAAUUUGUCAUAUCACAUGACUAAGAUGACAUCUUAGUCAUAUGAUAUGAUAACUUAGUCAUUUGUUAUGACAGGGUUUUUUCUUUAUCUUUUAAUAUUUUUAUUAUAACUUAACAUUGUCUUCAAAUGUUUGAUUUUCUUACCUUUGUGAUUGAAUCAGGGAUAUGUGCAGCGGCAGUUGAAAGUAUAUUCAUCCACAGUUUUAAUAACCUGCCAUUGUAACUGUAGCAUUAGAGACUGUUCGGUUAGUAGGAAAUGAUUUCAUGGAACUAGAAAUUCUGAUAAGGAGGACUCCAGUUUAAAAGUUGUUUCUGUUACAGUUUAGAGGUUUGGGCUGUAUUAAUGCAAAGUGCCAUACGCAGUUGUAUUUUGUGCCCACAUGUUUCAAUUACUGUUUUUAUACUUCCACAAACGAAGUUUAGGGGGGUAUAUAGGAGUGAGCUUGUCUGUCGGUCGGUAUUGAUUGUCUGCUCUCUAAUUAAAGUAGUUUUCAUCCGAUCUUCUCCAAAUUUGGUCAGAAGUUUUAUCUAGAUGAUCUUAAGGCCAUGAUCGAACACUGGUCUUGCUGGGUCAAAAACUGGGUCACGGGGUCACUUAGUGUGUUUUAAACAUCGAGCAUGGUGUCCGCUCUCUAAUUGAAGGAGUUUACUUCCGAUCUUCACCAAACUUGGUCAGAAGUUUUAUAUAGAUGAUCUCUAGGCCAAGUUCAAACAUAAGCCAUGGGUCACUUACCGGUAGAAUGUUUUACACAUUAAGCAUGGUGUCCGCUCUCUAAUUCAAGUAGUUUUCAUCCGAUCUUCAUCACAAUUGGUCAGAAGUUGUAUCAAGAUGAUGUGAAUGUCAAGUUCGAACAUGGGCCAUGCCAGGUCAAAAACUAGGUCACGGGGUCACUAAGUGCAUUUUAAAUAUUGAGCAUGGUGUCUGCUAUGAUUUUGUGAAGACACAUGCAAAAUAUUCUGUGUCAAUGCCACAUGUGGGGGUAUUCGUCACGUCUGUGACAAAGCUCUAGUUCUUUUUAGCUCACCUGAUUGCUCAGGUGAGCUAUUGUGACCGGGCCUUGUCCGUCUGUUAACAUUUAUUCGUAAACACUCUAGAGGGCACAUUUCUUUGCCGAUCUUCAUGAAACUUGGUCAGAAGCUUUGUCCCAAUGAUAUCUCGGUCGAGUUUGAAACUGGGUCAUGUUGGGUCAAAAACUACGUCACGAGGUCAAAAAGAAGAAAAACCUUGUAAACACUGUAGAAGUCACAUUUCAUGCCCUAUCUUCAUGAAACUUUGUCAAAAUGUUUGUCUUAAUGAUAUGUUGGUUGGGUUCAAAAGUGGUUCUGGUCCAUUGAAAAACAUGUCCACCAGUGGGCGGGGCAGUUUUCCUUAUUUGGCUAUAGAGAUAUCUUGUAAACACUCUAGAGGCCACAGUUUGUGUCCGAUCAUCAUGAAAGUUGGUCAAAGCAUCGGUUUAAUUGAUAUCUCGGACAAGUUCAAACAUGGUCCAGAUCGGUGAAAAAACAUGGCCGUUAGGGGGCGGGGCAUUAUUCUCGAUAUGUAUAUAGUGAAAACAUGUGAACACGCUAGAAGUCACUUUUUGGCCUAAUUUAAUGAAAUUUGGUCAAAACAUUUGUUUGCUUGAUACAAGAGUUGAGUUCAGAAAUGGUUCCAGUCAAUUGAAUAACAUGGCUGGGGGGGGGGGGGCAGUUUUCUUAUAAUUAUAUAUUAAAAAAAGCUUUUGAAAACUCUAGAAGUCACAUUUUUUGCCCAAUCAUCAUGAAACUUGGUGAAAAGAUUGGUUUUAAAAAAAUCUCUGAUUAGUUCAAAAAUGGUCCCAAUCAGUAAAAAAACAUGGCCGCCAGGGGGGUGGGGCAGUUUUCCUUCUGUGACUAGAGAGAAACUUUGUGAUCGAACACUAUAGAAGUUUCAUGUUUUGGCUAAUCAUCGUAAAACUUAGUCUGUACAUUGGUUUUAUUGAUUUCUCUGACAAGUUUGAAAGUGGCUGAGAGCGGUGUAACACACUUUUUAGCUCACCUGAUUGCUCAGGCGAGGUUUUAGGAUUGGUCUUUGUCUGCCGUCUGUCCGUCAACAUUUGGUUUGUUAACACUCUAGCAUUCACUUCUUAAGCAUUCUUUAUGAAAGUUGCUGAAAGAUAUAGGUCAAGUUUGAUAAUGAGCAAAAUCACAUAAUUAAUGCCAUAAUUAUUGCCCUUAGAUUGUGUCCAAAUUUUCAUUAUACUAUACAAAAUCAUUGUAAACACUCUAGAGGUCACAAUUUUGUUUCAGAUAUUAUGAAUCAUGGUAAAAAUAUUAUUUUUUUUCUAAGCGAAGUUUAAUGUUUGGUAAGGGAGGGGGGUCAACUCAAAAUAUAGGUCACCAGGUCAAAUCUCACAAAAACACUCCAUAAGUCAGAGUUUUAAUUCAAUAAUGAUGAAACUUGACCAUGGUGUUUGUCUUGACAAUAUCUAGGUCAAGUUUGACGUUAGGUAAAGCUUGAAUGAGCCAACUCCUCUCAGGUGAGCGAACUAGGGCCAUCUUGGCUCUCUUGUUUAUUUUACUGUGAUAUAUGAGGUACAUAUUGAUACAUGUGAUAUUUGUAUUUUUAUUUUACUGUGAUAUAUGAAGAACAUAUUGAUAUAUGAUUUUUAUUUUACUGUGAUAUAUGAGGAACAAAUUGAUAAGUUUUGUCUUUGUGUUUCAAACCUGCUGUCACAGGCAUGACAUAAUGAUAUACGCAUAAUACUUGUAAUAUGUUCAAUAUUUUGGAAAUAAACAAGUAAAACCAAA